GACUGCCUGGAAAGCCCCUUUGGUGUUUUUUUUCUUUUUUUAAGAUUUGUUUAUUUAUUUAAAAGGAAGAGUUACAGAAAGGCAGAGAAGAGAGAAAGAGGUCCUCCAUCUACUGGUUCACUCCCCAGAUGGCCACAACAGCCAGAGCUGUGCCAAUCCAAAGCAAGGAGCUUCUUCCGGGUCUCCCACAUGGGUGCAGGGGCCCGAGGACCUGGACCAUCUUCCACUGCUUUCCCAGGCCACAGCAGAGAGCUGGAUCGGAAGUGGAGCAGCCGGGACUUGAACCAGCACCCAUAUGGGAUGCCAGCAGUGCAGGCAGUGGCUUUACCCAUUACGCCACCACACCAGCCCCCUCUUUGGUUUUGAGAGUCAUCUCUGUGCUAACCAGAAUCUCUGUGAUUGGUCACUUGUGUGCACACCUACUUCCUGCCCUGAAGCUGCUCCAGGUGUAUCUGGUCAGCCAAUUUGCUUGUGUUCAGUGGGACUUUUUGUUGUCUGGGGGUACAGUUAUUUGUGGAAUUCUGAUUUCUUUCCCUAGUUUUGUAUUUGCUGGACUAUGAAAAUCUUUUAGUCCGUUUCCCAUUUGUUACUGUAUGCUCUUUUGUUAUUCUGAUCUUUUUCCACAUUUACCCUGCUUGAACCAGAUUUUCCCAUCCUAAUAUAAAUUAUUAACAAACCUGAGGCUCCUUCCUCUCCCUUCUGACCAGCAGCCAUCAGAGGUAAGCCAGGAUGGGUGGAUAUGAAUAUAUGCAGGAGCUAUGCAGAGGGAAGUAGUCAGAUCUGGUCUGCUUUCUCCUGAUGGUCCAUUGCCUGCAGUACCGCCAGCUCACUGCACUCCAUGGGGCUCUCCUAACACCACCUGGCCCAACAGUGUGCAGACUGGGAUACGCAGCCAAACAAGGUUAUGUCAUAUGUAGGAUUUGUGUGUGCCGUAAUGGCCAUAAGUGCUCUGUUCCUAAAGGGGCAGCCUAUCCACAAGCCUGUCCUUCAUGGUGUCAGAUAGCUAAAGUUGACACAACACCUGCAGUGUGUUGUCAAGGAAUGAGGUGGACACCACUGUGGGGCUCUGAUAGAGGAGAAAGCCUGACACCCAGAGGAUCACCAAACCAGUGCACAGGCACAUCUGCAGGCUCUGGAAGGGCCACGAGUUCCCCCACACUUGGUUCUCGCUGUGCAGCCUGGAGAGGCCGCAGUGCCCUCCAGCUGCACCCUUACGGCUGAUGCAGGCCAUGCUUGUAAAAUUCGAGCCCAGUCAGCAGUGCUUAAAGGUGCUGUUUGUGCGAACUAUCGUGCAGAGGACUUCACGAGUGCUUAAAGUUUGAAAAUCAAAGUGCAGUAAUGUUUGGAGACAAAGUAAAUGGCAUGUCUUGUUUUCGGUAGGAUAAACUUUUUUUUUCUUUAUCUUACUAGGGAGAUAUAUGUCAGUGUUUAAAACAAGCCGUGUAGUGUAAUAGGUGUAAAAUAAAUUCGUUAAAAGAGGAAAAAACACAAACCCUUCUGACGGAGGGUGGGUCAGCAGGGAUUUGACUUGGAAGCUGUUCAGAGUGUGUCACCUUUCUUUUAUAUGGGAUGUGGGUUUUUGUGUCUAAAUUCCACGUCCUGUUGGAAAUCUGGACAUCUGGCCCAGCCUGACCUACAGAGGACCCAUGGAGAAACGAAAUCUGACUGUUUGGAAUGAAGGCUGUCGUGGUGCGGGGAAGGGAAGAGCGGGAGUCGUUGGCAUUUCUUGAUGGCUGGAGGUUUUGUUCCUCCGCUUUGAAAGCCGUGGAGGGGGCAGGAGGGCCCUUCACCUCACCAAGCAACAUCGGUAUUUUUUAAGACAUAGCUUAGAGGAUUUUGCAUUGUGUUCAGUCCAGGGGUUUGAUUUUAAUGAUUUGCCAGAACAUUCCUUUUAAAAAGAAAAGGAAAGGCUCCAAGUUGCCCCCACAGACCUUGUUGUGCAAAGACUGCUGAGAGCAGAGCAGGCCACUUCCCUCUGGGAAUGCCUUCAGGUGCAGGUGGCUGUGCUGCCUUUCCUUCCAGUGCUUGCGACAGUUCUUGAAGUCCUUGCCUUUUCACUCUGUUCUUCUAACUCACCUUCCUUUCUGUGUGUGUGUGUGUGUGUGUGUGUGUAUUCCCUUCUUGCUCUGGGUGGUUCCUCUCAAAAGCUCUCUUUUAAAUUCUAUCACUUAAAACAUUGCAGAGGGGGCCAGCGCUGCGGCGCAGUGGAUUAAGGCCCUGGCCUGAAGCGCUGGCAGCCCAUAUGGGCACCAGUUCGAGACCUGGCUGCUCCACUUCUGGCCUGGGAAAGCAGUUGAAGAUGGCCCAAGUGCUUGGACCCCUGCACCUGUGUGGGAGACCCAGAAGAAGCUCCUGGCUCCUGGUUUCAGAUCGGUGCAGCGGCGGCUCUUGCAGCCAACUGGGGAGUGAACCAUCAGAUGGAAGACCUCUCUCUCUCUCUCUCUCUCUGCCUCUCCUCUCUCUGUGUAACUCUGACUUUAAAAUAAAUAAUAAAUAAAUCUUUUAAAAAAUUGCAGAAACAUGAAAUAUCUUUUUUUUUUUGAAGAUUUAUUUAUUUAUUUGGGAUGGAGGUGGAGAUAAGAGAUCUUCAACCUACUGGAUUAUUGCCCAUUGGGAGCCCGGAGCUCCAUCAGGUCCCUAUUUGGGUGGCAGGGCCCAAAUAUUUGGGCUGUCUUCUGCCCUCCCAGGUGCAGGAGCAGAAUACUGAUCGGAAGCGGAGCAGCCAGUACUGGAACAGCUCAUCCAUGUGGCACGUUGGCAUUGCAGGAAGAAUCUUAGCUCACUGCACCACAAUGCCAACCCCAUGAGGUAUCUUUGUGUGUAUUUUUUUCAGCUAUACACACAGUGAUUCAGAACAGAAGUGGUAAAUUUUAUUCAUGAGUGUAUAUAGAACUUAGAACGAGACACCACUUUCUGGGGUUUGUUUGACCUGGCAGAUAACACACCUUUGCCCCAUAUGGAAGUGCCUGGGUUUAAUCCAGCUUCCUGCUGAUGUGCACAGAUAAUCGGUUUUGUUUUUGUUUUUAAGAUUUAUUUAUUUAUUUGAAACAGCUACAUAGAAGGAAAGUCAGAGGCAGAGAGAGAUCUUCCAAGCACUGGUUCAUUCCCCAAAUGGCCAGGCUGGUCCAGGUCAAAGCCAGGAGCCAGGAGCUUCAUCCCAGUCUCCCACAUGGGUGCAGGGGCCCAAGGACUUGGGCCAUUUUUCACUUCUUUCCCAGGUGCAUUAACAGGAAGCUGGAUUGGAAGUGGAGCAGCCAAGACUCGAACUGGCACCCAUAUUGGAUGCCGGCGCUGCAGAUGGUGGCUUUACCUACUGUGCCACAGCACCAGACCUGGUCAGGAAAUGAUUUAAGUGAUUGGGUCCCUGCCACCCAAGUGGAAGGCCUGAAUGGAGUAGCUGGCUCCAGUCCCUGGUAGGCCAUUGCAGACAUUUGGGAAGUGCAUGAAGGGAUGUGAGCUCUCUGUCUCUCUGCCUCUCAAAUACUUUUAAACAAAACAAAUCCACUUUCUCAUGCAAUUCAUGUUUACUGUCCCAUUGGCAUUUCUUAUUUCCCAGUGUACCCUUCGGUAUGUUGUCUCAGGACAGGAAUAGGAAGAACAUCCAAAAACUGGGAUGGACCCUGCUGUGAUGAGGCGAGCUGAAGAGGUGGCCCUCGGGAGCAGGAGCGUGUGGAGGGUCAGCGGCUGUUGGCUAGUUUGUCCUCAGUGGUCUCUUUGCACACAUGGUCCUAAGUUUUGGCUUAUUUGGUAUAAUGCCACAAGAUUGUGUUGAACAUUUACUCUGUGCAGAACACUCCCAAAUGCAACAGGAGAUACAAAUAAAUCUCAGCCUGUGAAAAGUUCUGGUACAUGGUAAGUGCAUGUUGAGCAUCCUUAACAAAAGUCUGAAAUCUGAGCAUUUUAGAUUUCUGGAUUAUGCUCAACCAGUAAAGUCUAUGCAGAUAGUCCGAAAUCCAAAACACUUCCCGUGCCAAGCAUUUUGGGUAAGUGAUGCUCAUCCUGGAGUUCUAUUAAGUGUCACAGAAUUGCAGAAGAGAGGGGUAAGUGUGAAGAAGUUGUGUGGGAAGGAGGUUGGAGAGUCCCUAGCUAGAGAAACUUGGACUUGCUGGUCUUGAGGUGCUGUUGAAAGUGCCUGGGUGGGGUAAUGAUGCGACGAGUACAAAUCAGAGAGAUGAAGCUGGCAAAGUGUGCAUGGAAAAGAUACGGGAGGUCUGGAAAUUGAGUAAGAGGCUUCCAGAAGUCCAAACAGUCAGGAGGACUUAACCUAAGGAGCAUCGGGAAAGCAGCAGGCAGGGAAAGGCUGGAAGCUAGUGGGAGGCAUUGAAAGAGAAGGGAGCAGCAGCCCGGGAGGCCAGGAGGAAUCUGAGAGUGUGCGAGAUGUAGGUGAGCCUGAGUUUGUCAUGAUGCAGUCAGGGUUAUGGAGCAUUUGACAGCCUAGGAAGAGAUCAGGAAGACAUCUCCCUGGGAUACACACUGGCUGAGAGCAAUUUGACAAAUGAUUAAUUUUAAACUCUUUUUUAGUAGUUGUCCCACAUUUUACUUUAUCUACUCAAACACACUUUUGCGGGUAAUGUCAGGUAAGAAAAACUAUAAUUAAAAGUAUGACAAAAAAGAAAACACUAAGUGAACUGGCCACUGAAAUUAGGUUGGUGACUAGGGACGGCGUCACUGGUCAUUAGAGCUGGCCGGUACUUGAACACAGUGGCAUCUGGUUACCCUUUGGAGGACCUGCACAGUGCCCAUCUGUGUCAGCUUAGGAAGCAUGAAGGUGGCUGGCAGGAAGCAAAAUAAGAAACCAGAACCUCCACAGUAAUGAACAGACAGCUAACCCUAACUGCUUACUAUGUGAUUAGCACUGUCCUAUGAGCCGUCUAUAAGCGUUAGCCGAAUGCCCAAGACCACCCUAAAGUAGGCAUGGUUAUCAUGGCUGCCUUACAGAUGAGGAGACGGAGUGAUUAGGUGCAUUUGCUGGAGUGGCAGAGUGAAGAAUUCAAACUGCAGCAGUCCAGGUCCGAAGCCCACAGUUUAACAACUGGUUCUUAGACAUAGUUGCGCCCCAUGAUCCAAAUAUGGAUCCCUGAUUCCCACCCAAAAGCGAUUGCAUUAAAAUAUCUAUUGGGUCCAGGCCUGAGUGUUGCUUUUUGUUGUUGUUUUAAGUAUUUAUUUAUUUAUUUGAAAGUCAGAGUUACACAGAGAGAAGGAGAAGCAGAGAGAGAGGUCUUCCAUCUGAUUGUUCACUCCCCAGUUCACCGCAACAGCUAGAGAUGCACGAAUCUGAAGCCAGGAGCCAGGAGCUUCUUCCGGGUCUCCCACUUGGGUGCAGGGGUCCAAGGACUUGGGCCAUCUUCAACUGCUUUCCCAGGCCAUAGCAGAGAGUUGGAUGGGAAGUAGAGCAGCCGGGACUCAAACCAGUGCCCAUAUGGGAUGCCGGCAAUGCAGGCAGCAGCUCUACCCACUGUGCCACAGCACCAGCCCCUCACCUGGUAUUUUAAAACUCCCAGCUAAAAAGUCAAUUGCCUACUUAAUAACAAAGUUAUGUAUAUAAAGUGCUUAGGACAACCCCUGGGAUGUAGUAAAGCUGUGGUUAGUACCGGCCGUUGUAAUGACUGUUCAGGUUCAACAUAGCCCAGCCAUGUGAAAGUUACUCCAGGUAGCUUUAGCAACUAUAGGGACUGUGCAGUGAUCCAGGAAGUCACAGUGCUAUGUAUCUAAAAGGCCCUGGGGCACAGUCAAAGCAAGUUUGUAAAGUGCUCAGACUAAGAUGGAAUAAAAGGGAAGAUCAAAGAUGAUGCCCAGAUCUUGAGACCAAGUAACUUUCGAAGAUUUAUUUAUCAGGGCUGGCGCUGUGGCAUAGCUGGUAAAGCCGCUGCCUGCAGUGCUGACAUCCCAUAUGGGCGCUGAUUCGAGUCCUGGCUCCUCCCCUUCUGGUCCAGCUCUCUGCUAUGACCUGGGAAAGCAGUUGAAGAUGGCCCAAGACCUUGGGCCCUUGAACUAGUGUGUGAGACCCAGAAGGAGCUCCUGGUUCCUGGCUUCAGAUUGGGGCAGCGCCAGCCAUUGCUGCCAUCUGGGGAGUGAACCAGCAGAUGGAAGACCAACCGACCUCUCUCUCUCUCUCUCUCUCUCUCUCUCUGCCUGUACUUCUGCUUCUGUCUCUCUGUAACUCUGCCUUUCAGUAAAUAAGUAAAACUUUAAAAAAAGAAAAAGAUUUAUUUAUUUGAGAGGCAAAGUUAGAGGUAAAGACAGAGAGAAAGUCUUCUAUAUCCUGGAUGGGCCAGGCUGAAGUCGGGAACCAGGAACUCUAUCCAGGUCCCCCACAUGCAUGGCAGAGGCCCAAGUGCUUCCCAGGAGCUCUAGCAGGAGCUGGAUUGGAAGUAAAGCAGGCAGGACUCAAACCAGCACUCAUGUGGGAUUCUGGCAUCGCAGGCAGUGGCCCAACCCACUGUGCCACAACACUGGCCCCCAGAGGAGCACUUUUAAAGAAGUAGAAUUAAGAGGGCCAGUGCUGUGGCACAGUGGGUUAACACCCUGGCCUGAAGCGCCGGCAUCCCAUAUGGGCGCCAGUUCACAUCCUGGCUGCUCUACUUCCCAUCCAGCUCUCUGCUACGGCCUGGGAAAGCAGUAGAAGAUGGCCCAAGUGCUUGGGCCCCUGCAUCCAUGUGGGAGACCCCGAAGAAGUUCCUGGCUCAUGCCUUCAGAUCAGUGCAGCUCCAGCCAUUGCAGCCAUCUGAGGAGUGAACCAGCAAAUGGUAGACCUCUCUCUUUCUCUGCCUCUCCUCUCUCUGUGUAACUCUGACCUUCAAAUAAAUAAAUAAAUAAAUAAAUCUUUGGGAAAAAAAAGAAAGAAAUAGAAGUAAGAUUUUUUUUUAAAAACGUAGUUUAGUGGGUUUCUUGAUAAUUUUGAAUGAUUUAUAGUGCUAUAAUUUACACACUGUAAAAUUCACCCAUUUCAUGUAAGUCAGUCAUUGUUUAGCUUUACUGAGGUGUAUAAUCAUCAUCACAACUGAAUUUUAGCACAUUCUCAUCACCCUAAAAAGAUCCCUCGUGCCUGUUUUCAGUUAUUCCUUAUUUCUAUUACCAGCCUGUUCUGUUGGUUUUUUUGAAAAUAAUUAUUUGAUUUUCCUUUUGCAGGAUGGCAUAGUAAAUCCAACAAUAAGAAAAGAUUUGAAAACUGUACCGAAAUUCUACUGUUGUCCAAUUGAAGGAUGCCCCAGAGGCCCCGACAGACCAUUUUCUCAAUUUUCCCUUGUAAAACAGCACUUUAUGAAGAUGCACGCUGAGAAGAAGCAUAAAUGCAGUAAGUGCAGCAAUUCGUACGGUACCGAGUGGGACUUGAAAAGACACGCAGAGGACUGUGGGAAGACCUUCCAGUGUACCUGCGGCUGUCCCUACGCCAGUAGAACGGCACUGCAGUCCCACAUCUACCGGACUGGCCACGAGAUCCCUGCAGAACACAGGGAUCCACCUAGUAAGAAAAGGAAAAUGGAAAACUGCUUACAAAACCAGAAGUUGUCCAAUAAGACCAUUGAAUCGCUAGGCAACCAGCCAGCCCCCAGGCCAGCCCCUGAAGAACUCGAAACUUCAGAAACAAAGCUGGGAGCCUCUCUGGAAGACUCUUGUGGCUCUAACGCCAGAAAGCAGACGCUAACAGCACCUCCAAGAUAUCCUCAGAAGUUGCUGUUACCAAAGCCCAAAGUGGCUGUGGUUAAACUCCCUGUGAUGCAGUUUUCUUCUGUGCCUGUCUUUGUGCCUACGGCCAACUCUUCGGCCCAGCCUGUGGUGUUAGGUGUAGAUCAGGGCUCUGCUGCGGGGGCUGUGCACUUACUGCCCUUGUCAGUAGGAACCCUGAUCCUCGGCCUAGAUUCGGAGGCCUGCUCUCUUAAAGAGAGCCUCCCUCUCCCAAAAAUCAUAAGUCCUGUUGCUGUUGAGCCAGUUAGUACAGGUGUUCAAGUGAACUUGGGUAAAGGCCCAUCCAGUGUUUUACAAGAACUGGGGAACACAGGUCAGAAGAACAGCCUGUCUUCAACCAAUGUGCAGACAGACCUGUCGUACGCCUCACCGAGCGUUCUGCCUUCUGCACAGUGGGCUGGCCCCGACUGCGCUGUGUCCUCGUGUUCUCAGACUGACUUGUCAUUUGAUGCUCAAGUGUCCCUCCCCAUCAGCGUUCACACGCAGACGUUCGUGCCCAGCUCUAAGGUAACUUCGUCGAUAGCUGCCCAGACUGAUGUGUUUCUAGAUCCUUGCUUCCAGUCGGGUGGGGUCUCCAGAGAAACUCAAACCAGUGGGAUGCCAGCUCCCACGGAGGACUGCGUGCAGAUGGACCACACUGGGAUGUGCGGGGGCAUUUUUGAGAGUGUCCAGUCAUCAUACAGUGUCCCUACAGACAGUAUGAUAGAGACAGUAACUCAUGGUUUGCUGCCACAGAAUGACCCUAAGACUUUAAAUCAAGAUAUUGAGAAAUCGGCACCUAUGUUAAACUUCAGCACUCAGAACAGUAUGCUUCCUUCACAGAACAUGACAGAUAAUCAGACCCAAACCAUGGACUUACUAAGUGACUUAGAAAACAUCUUGUCGAGUAAUCUUCCUGGACAGACAUUGGAUAAUCGUAGUCUUCUGCCUGACACGAAUCCUGGGCCUGACACCCAGCUCCCCUCUGGCCCAACCCAGAACCCUGGAAUAGAUUUUGAUAUUGAAGAGUUCUUUUCAGCCUCAAAUAUCCAGACACAAACUGAAGAGAGUGAACUCAGCACCAUGAACACUGAACCUGUCUUGGAAUCACUGGACAUAGAGACCCAAACUGACUUCUUCCUUGCCGACACCUCUGCCACGUCCUACGGGUGCAGGGCAAGUUCUCAGUUCCUAGGCCUUGAGAUGUUUGACACACAGACACAGACAGACCUAAACUUCUUCUUGGACAGCAGCCCUCAUCUGCCUCUGGGAAGCAUUCUGAAACACUCCAGCUUCUCCAUGAGUACUGACUCCUCUGACACGGAGACCCAGACCGAGGGAACCUGUGCCUCGAAGAACAUACCUGCCCUGGAGAGCAAGGUUGAGCUGAACAGCACAGAGACACAGACCAUGAGUUCUGGUUUUGAAGCCCUGGGGAGCUUGUUCUUCACCAGCAAUGAAACUCAGACGGCAAUGGACGACUUUCUUCUGGCUGACUUGGCCUGGAACACGAUGGAGUCUCAGUUCAGCUCUGUGGAAACCCAGACAUGUGCUGAACUGCACGCAGUCUCUGACUUCUAACGGUGGAGUCCACGUGUGGGACGGACGGCUUUUACCAUUUCCCUCUGGGGUUAGAAAAUGGGGAACAGGGACAACAGUGUUAACUCGAUCAAGUGCAGGUGGCGAUGCAGUUGCUUUGAUUCUUUGUGUGCGGUUCUUUGCCUUUUGUAUUUGUAAACAUGAAAAUUGUGUAUAAAUGUGAGUGUAUUAUAAAGUGUAAGAUGUUUAGCUAAAAAGUCUGCUUUUGUGUUGCCUACAUUUGCCCGUUCACAAAUAGUCUUUCCAUCUUUAGAAAGCAAAAUGUGUUUCACACCUGUAAAACCUCUAUGGCCAUUAUAGCUGAAGCCGAGCUUAGCAGGGACAAACUUCUCAAAUCUUCAAACUCUUCCAGCCAAAGUGUAACGUACUUAAAUUGCUCCUGAAAUAUUGUCGACGAUGCCCCCGUGGCUUGUGACUCCUCUGCCUGCAGCACCCAGCUGCUUUGACAUCUCAUCUCUGAUUGAAGACACCGAGGACGACUACAACCGCCAUUCGCUUUUGAAACAGUAGUCAGCUGGUGCCAUCCCUGUCCUACAUGAUAGCAACACAAGGGUACAGCAUUUCCUGCACAAAACAUUCAUUGCUGUAAAAUACUGUCUAGAGAAAGAGCAGCAAGCACUUCAUAUCAGUAGUGAUCCUUCUCUAAGAGGUAACUCAUCCAGACCUCGGGAACCUGGGAUUGUGGUCAUAACCCAUUCAUUCGUCCUGGGGUGUGCCCUGCUGUGCAAACAGUUUUCCUCUGUUCUCACACCACAGUCAGCACAGAGGGCUUCUGUGACCAAAUGUACGAGUUCUUCUCCAGCAAGCCAUCAGUCUGCAGCCAGCACCAGCUGGGAGUCCUCUAAUUCAGUUCUAGUCUGACAUUGUCUACUGGAGGCCGCCUCACCUCGUACGGGCUGAGGGCUCCAUUCCACAAGACUGCCCCCCCCCCCCAUUACUGAUCUGGGCCUCCAGAGCUUCUGACCAACCUGCUUUGAAUUAGGGUUCCCACAGCUCCCUCCUUGAAUUUGGUUGAUUUGGUGGAGCAGCUCACAGAACCCAGAGAAACGCCUGUACUGGCUUAAUACAGAGGAUGUUCUGAAAGAUUCAGAUGAAGAGAACUUUGGGCAAGGCAUGGGAGACGGGCAGUUGAGCUGCCAUUGCCUUUUCUAGGCACUUGGCUAUCUGGAAGCUCUCUAAUCCUUGUCCUUUGGGUUUUUGUGAAGACUUCAUUCCAUAGGCACAAUGGAUUAAAGCAGAAGCCAUUGGCGAUCAGCUGUACCCUCAUCCCCUGCCCCCUCCCUGGCUGUUACAGCAGGUGGGGCUGCAAAGUCCCAAGCCUCUGAUCUUGCCCUGGUCUUUGCUGAGACCAGCCCCCAUCCUGAAGCUACCUGGGGGCUGCCAGCCACCAGUCUGCUCAGUAUACAAGAAGACACAUCCCUUUGGGAAGUCCAAGGAUUUUAGGAGCUGUGUGCCAGGAAACCAAAUACAUCACACCACCACACCUGCGAACAUCCUGUUCUCCACCAUCGGCCAGCAUAGAGCUUUGGAGCUGCUUCCCAAAGUGCACCCAGCGGGUGGAUCAGAGUUCUGUCCCUUGGAAGAAAUGUUAAAAAGGGAGAGAAAAAGCGAGAAGAGCAAAGGACAAACCCGCCCCCUCAGACUUCAGUAAGCUGUUAGGGCAAGAGUGCGAUCUGCAAUCAUUUUAAAGUGUCUUUUCCUUCCAUCCACCACUCCUUAUCUCUUCCUUCAAGAAGGGAACACAUUGGUCUAGCAAGGAUAUUAUUUGUGCCUUGAGGCUGACAAAAACAUAUCUGCCUAAAAUAUGGUAUUCUGCGUUUUGUUUAUUUAUUUUUUAAAGAAGAGUGAUACCAAACUGUCUUCUCCAAAGAAAAUACAGACACUAAAGAUGUACUGGCUUCAAGAAUCAAGCAUUUUUCCUACGUUUUGAGACAGGAGCGUGCUGGGCGGGGGGUUGUCUGUGCUGUGAGGAGAGAACCUGAGUUCUUCAUGUUCACCAACUUUCAGGCAGCCAAGACUUCGGCGCAGAGCCUCUGCGUUCUCCAGUUUACAACAGCAGCAACAACAAAAAUACAAAUGUUCUGCCCUUUUCUGUGGCACGGCCCUGUGCUACUAAGGGAAUUAAUGGUUCAUGCAUUUGAUGGUGUCGCCCCAUACAUCAGAUACAGAAUUGUUGGUGAUGGGUUAGUAACACCUCCUGGGCAGAUGAACUCAACCUGAUAGGUGCAAGUUUGCUUUGGUCACAGUUGCCUAUGAAUUUAAGUUUCAGAAUAUAAAGCCUUAACUUAGAAUUUCAUUAUGUUUUAGAAUCAUCACUGCCUUAAUGUCCAGACAUCUGAAGUCCUCUGAGUGAAGGAGAAAUGCAUGUUUGUUUAUGGCUUUUUGUAAAUAAAAAUGCAGUGAUCUAUCUGUGGCUUAAAAAUGUUCUGUUUGUUAAUUCAGCCAGUCUGCUAUUUACAGAAAAAUGGAGCAUGUGAUGGUCCUUCAUGACAGGAGCUGAAUUGUCCUGAGAUUAUUUGUAAAACCAGAAAUUCAGUGAUUAAAGAGAAGCUAGCA